AUGGAGUUGGUAGAUAUGGUGAAGGUGCACUUCAUUGUGGCAAACAUGCAGUGGCACCUGCAAAGAACGAUGGACAAGUGUUUUUGGAAUUGCAAGGGGAAGCCAGUGACUUCACUGGGCAUAGAGCAGAAGUGCAUCACCGUGCAUAUGGAUUGGUAUCUGGAUGCCUGGAGCAUGCUUUCAGAGGCCCACCGCUCCAGGAAAACACCAACAUGA